AUGCACUUCAACAUAUUUGUAGAAGGAGAAUUCAACAAUGUCAAGGGAGUUUUCAUUGAUCAGUCGUAUCCACUGAGGAUUCAAUGCACUAACUGCGGGUCACCCCACGAGAAGUCUGUUGUGUUAUCUGAAGACAGCGUUGGAGAGGGAGACUUUGGAGAAAAAGUCAACCUGAGUAUCACUUGCCGAUGCUGCAGAAGAAUUAUGACACUGAAAAUUUUGAAGUUGAAGGAGGGAAGGGAGGUAAAGAAGCAUCUACUUCCCACAAACUUUGAGGAUGAGUUCAAAGAAGUGUGGCUUUCAGAUAUGCAGAAAAGUAGGUUUUUAGUAUCUAGGAUCGAAACCAACGGGGCUGAGGUGACGUCCAUCGAGUCCUGCAUCCUUAACCUAGUUUCCAACCAGGAUGUGCUGUUUACAAACGUGAACUUCGAAGAUAGAACAGUAGCAAAGUGCAACAACCUCAAUAUGAUAUCUUCGAUUAUCGACUUUUCUCUCACUGUUGAGCUGGCUAAAUAA